CGGCCUGCUCACAAGCACAGGAGGGAGCCGUUGCUUUAGAACCUCCUGAAUCACGUAUUCCCAGAGGCACUGAAUAAAAUACUUGAUCAGAUGGACCUCCUGAAGGACUACAAGGCACGCUGCUACAGCAAUUUUGAAGACUCCAUAGGCUUGCCCUGUGUUCACACGCUUAAGCAACACAUGGCGAAUGAACAGUGGGCGAUCCCUCUUAGCAUGAUACACCCAUUUUGGCAGUAUGAGAGGCCUACUAACCCAGAGGACUCGAUUCGCCAUAUCAAGGACUUUGUUGAACAGCAGCGUAAAGGCCGACCCCGUGUUCAGCAGCAGCAGCGGCAGCAACGCUCAACACCAUCACAGAGGGAGCCUUCGCAAUUCGAGGUUGCAGGGCGAGCUGAUCAGGCAACUCAGCAGCGUGCCAAGCGUGCAAGGAAGAAGAAGGCGAAGGAGGACGGUUCAGUGACUGCUAAGCUGGCGCAGAUGGAGCAAAUGAUGCAGCAAAUACUACAACAACAACAAUUGCAACAUCACGAGGAGGAGGAGACAACUACAACAACAGUUACACGCAAGAGAAAGCGUACUACAACUGCCCCAGCACGCCCACGGGCCAAGAAGCAACAGCUGCAGCAGCAGGACGAGCCAAUCACCGUCAGCAGCAGCAGCAGCAGCAGCGAGGACGACUGCAACACCAUGGAGGAGGAUGGAGAUAUUGUAUUCAGUAGCAGUGCGGCACCCUCUGUGGACAGAGAGAUGCCAGCACGUGCGGGACGUGGCACGAGGAAGGCUCGCUACGGUGACUGAACACGUGAUAGAGCGAACAGGCGGAGGAGCGAGCAGCUGGCGGCGGAGGAGGACACGGGAGCGCUCGCGGGCGCGAAAAAGCGACGUUUGUAACAUGUAAUAACUUUCCUCUUCGCGUGCCGCGCUGUGACAGUGAGGUUGGAGAUAUGGAAUUUUUUGGUUGAUUUUUGGUACAAAAUGAGGGGUGUUAGUUCCUGUUCCCCGCCCGCGCGUCCUCGCGCGGCGUCUCGC